GGCACAUGGGCACACACUGCGCUUUAGGGCCUCCCAACAUGGCGGCCCGAAUGCACGCCUCUCCCCCACGAGCCCCUCUCCCAUGCGCGAUCCAGCCUUUAUAUAUAGAGAUCAGUGGCGUUUCUCCGAGCGAAUAAACAUAAACGCGCUACUGGAGUAGGUGGUAUAUAGGCCGUAGGUGGGUCGUGUAUAAAAGUAUCAUCAAGUCAAACCAAAUCUCACAGAGGAGUAUGGUCGGACAUCUAAAAGUUUUGAAGACUGCUGGAGAAGAUGACGAAAAAUGCCGAACUUUCCUUCUCGACGAGGAGGACCACACGCUUGGCAACGCUUUGCGUUACGUGAUCAUGAAAAACCCUGAUGUCAAGUUUUGCGGCUAUUCAAUCCCCCAUCCUUCAGAACGGAAGGUUCACCUUCAUAUUGAAACUUUUGAAACAACAGCUGUGGCAGCCCUGAAGAAAGGCCUUCAAGAUCUUCAUGAAAUGAGCAAGCAUAUCUUGAAAGUGUUUGAGGACACUGUUGAAAGUCAUAAUGCGACGGCUUUGCAAAAAAUGGAAACUUGAAGGGUGAAAGAAAGAACAUGUACAUAACUGUGCUGCAUCAUGCUCGUUAAUUAAUAAAAGGCUUUGGAAGUUUAGAAAA